AAAUGCUGGGAUUACAGGCAUGAACCACUGUGCCCAUCCAAAAUUACUUGUUUUUAAAGUAUGAUUUGGACAUCUGUGUAAUAUUAUUGUUUCACUCAAAGCUGCCAUGUUAGAAAUAGCCACAGGAUGGGCAAAAUAUUAAUUAUAUUAGAAAUAAAAAUGUACUUCAGAUUUGUGAAGUUGGCAUAUAUAGUGUUUUCUACAACAUUUUCAAAGGAAUGAAGGAUUGUGACGUUACAGCAUUUUGUAAUACAUAAAAAACACCUGAAAGGAGCAUAGUUCCUCUCUCCCUAUCCAUUGUCAGAUAUUUACAGAGGGUCAGUUUUUUUCCUCUCAUUUUAACCCAUGAGAUUUACAAAUUAUGACAGUCAGAUAGUGGUUCUCAUACACUUGUGUGAUCCCUUUCGGAGGAUCCAAUCUGGCAGCCUGCACAAAAGAGUUGUAGUUAUUGCUGACUACUGGCUCUUUGGGGCAGCAAUUGGGGUCCUGAAAUCCCAGUUACUGAAAACUAGAAGAUUACAGCCAGGGAGCCUAACAUGUUAAAAGUGUUUGCUCUUUUUCACAUCUACUUUUCAUUUGUUUAUCAUUAAGUCAGCAGAUGUUUAUUCUGCAUCAAGCUUGUGCAUGGCACAGGAAACAGAGAUGAAUCAAGUGGCCUUUCUUAGGCCACCAGAGAGAGAGCACCUGUGGACAGGUCAAGUGCAACCAAGGGUUCUAGGAACUCUGGCAGGAGGUUCUAGACAAUUCUGGGCUUUCUUGUGAUCUAAUUUCUUACUCUCAGGUUGAGAAACACUCACCCGAUGUAGACAUGCAGCAGUAGAGGAUGCUUAUAGCAGCUGAGGACAGGUCUGAAGACCGAUCAUUCCAGCAGACUCCAUUCAACAUAAGGAAGAUGUGGUUGGACAACUAUAGCAAUUGACCCCAGGCCAAGGGUACUGGUUAAAGUGAGGAAACGUUAAUUCUUACAACAAGAGAAAGCGGCCCGGGCCAAGGAUGGAUCCCAUUCACCCGGCGCCAUGUUUGCCUCAGGCAAAGUGGUCCCCAGGGCCAGGAGACCAAGGCUGGCCUAUGAUGUGUCAGGUGCUCAAGGAAUCCCAGAAGUGUACAAGACGGAAGAAUCUGCCAAAGGCGAGGGCCAUGGACUUCAUCACCUCCACAGCCAUCCUGCCCCUGCUGUUCGGCUGCCUGGGCGUCUUCGGCCUCUUCCGGCUGCUGCAGUGGGUGCGCGGGAAGGCCUACCUGCGGAAUGCUGUGGUGGUGAUCACAGGCGCCACCUCAGGGCUGGGCAAAGAAUGUGCAAAAGUCUUCUAUGCUGCUGGUGCUAAGCUGGUGCUCUGUGGCCGGAAUGGUGGGGCCCUCGAAGAGCUCAUCAGAGAACUCACCGCUUCUCAUGCCACCAAGGUGCAGACACACAAGCCUUACUUGGUGACCUUCGACCUCACAGACCCUGGGGCCGUAGUUGCAGCAGCAGCUGAGAUCCUGCAGUGCUUUGGCUAUGUGGACAUACUUGUCAACAAUGCUGGGAUCAGCUACCGUGGUACCAUCAUGGACACCACAGUGGAUGUGGACAAGAGGGUCAUGGAGACAAACUACUUUGGCCCAGUUGCUCUAACGAAAGCACUCCUGCCCUCCAUGAUCAAGAGGAGGCAAGGCCACAUUGUCGCCAUCAGCAGCAUCCAGGGCAAGAUCAGCAUUCCUUUUCGAUCAGCAUACGCAGCCUCCAAACAUGCAACCCAGGCUUUCUUUGACUGUCUGCGCGCCGAAAUGGAACAGUAUGAAAUUGAGGUGACCGUCAUCAGCCCCGGCUACAUCCACACCAACCUCUCUGUCAAUGCCAUCACCGCGGAUGGAUCUAGGUAUGGAGUUAUGGACACCACCACAGCCCAGGGCCGAAGCCCCGUGGAGGUGGCCCACGAUGUUCUUGCUGCUGUGGGGAAGAAGAAGAAAGAUGUGAUCCUGGCUGACCUACUGCCUUCCUUGGCCAUUUAUCUUCGAACUCUGGCUCCCGGGCUCUUCUUCAGCCUCAUGGCCUCCAGGGCCAGAAAAGAGCGGAAAUCCAAGAACUGCUAGUACUCCGACCAGCCAGAGCCGGGGCAGAGAAGCAGCGCUCUUAGGCUUGGUUCCUCUACAAGGGACAGUUGUAUUUGUUGAGACUUUAAUGGCGAUUUGUCUCACCAAUGGGAAAGACUGAGGAAACACGUCUCACGCAGAUCUGCUGGCAGAGGAAGAGAACCAAAAACGGCAACAAGCUUCCUCCCAGGGUGAGGGGAGACACUUCCGGAGUAAACGUGGAGCUGGGGUUUAACCCUAAAACCAAGAAAUAAACAUCUCAAACAGUAA